AUGUACGCAGACCCACCGAGAUCCAUGGAACGCGUGAGCCGUCGCGACAUCUUCACAUCAUUGCCCGCUAGAAUCCAAUGGCUGCAUUCAUUCCUAGAAUUUGGAACUGAUGACGUACAAGCCUUGUUAUCUGGGCAAAAGUACAUCAAGGCAGUCAUUCCUGCAAUCGUCAACAUUGUAUACAAGAAGCUUCUGAAGUACGACAUCACAGCUCGUGUGUUCACCACAAGGGAUAGCAGAGAUGAAGGUCCGGUGGAGAGUUGGCCAACCGAAGACAGUGCUCAGAUUGAGCACAGAAAAAUGUUCCUGAGAUGGUAUCUCACAAAACUCAAUUCUGACUGUACACGAAUGGACUACUGGGAAUACUUGGACAAAGUCGGCGAAGAGGACAUCGACUUACACUUCUGCGAUAGCUUGAUGCACGUAGGCAAAGGCCGCCAGAACCCUUUGCACGUCGAUUACGUCUUUCUGGGUGCAUGUCUAGGCUUCAUCCAAGACUCACUGUUCGAAGCCAUACUUUCACACCCACGUCUCGAGCUACACCGCAAGAUAGCCAUAGUCAAGGCAUUAGGAAAAGUCAUUUGGAUCCAAAAUGACCUGAUAGAAAAAUGGCACAACACCGACGGCUCCGAAUAUUUCCAAGAAGAAGCGGACACGUUGCUAGCGGAGAUUCAAGAGGACGAACGUGAAGGAUACCUGCAUGGCAAAAAGAUUCUCGGUGAUGAUGGCUCUUCGAUCCUGACAAGCCGGACUGGCAGCAGCAGGAGCUCUGACAGCGGGAAGACAUCGCUGGGCCGUCCGAUCGAAGAAGCAACACAUCUGAGCGACGGCAUGAGCAGAUGUCCUUUCAGCGGCAUGUCUCGUACUGGUCCCAACCCUGCAGAACUGGAACGUCAACGCGCGACGUCGGCGCCUCGUUCACCGCGUGUGAAUGGCACAGCGCCUGAAGUUCUUCAACAGUAUCACAACCCUGGCACACCGCGUGUUCGCUUAAUUGACGGUAAGACAGUGCUGAAGGAAAAUCUCGAGCCCAACCCAUUUCAAGCUAGAAAGUAA